AUGUCUUACCUCGUCACUGGCGGUCUGGGCUCCCUUGGAUCAGCACUUAUCACUCAUCUUCACGAUAGCACUCCACAUAAGAUCACUGUACUUGAUAACCUCGUAGGACAAACAGAUAUUCUUCAGAUUCCGCAACGCAUCCGAGAAUCGGAUCGUUUCGACUUGGUUAUCGGUGACGUCGGAAAUGCUCAACUUGUUCUCCAUACUCUCAAGGAUAAAGCUGUGGAUAUCGUCAUCGAUUGCACGGCUCGAGAUCAGAGCGUUAUUGAUCGAUCUCCUACUAGCGGUGCACGAAAUGCCUUACAGAACUUCACGAAUCUACUGAAUGCCAUCAGGGAGUACGGUCGAGUUCAACGUUUCCUGCUUGUCAGCUGUCAAUCGGUAUACGGACAUUCUGAUGGAGAAGAGUCAGUGCCAUUGACGCCAAUUAGCUGGAGAGGUGCAGCUCUCAUGUCAGCUGAAGCAAUGCUACAUUCAUACGUGGUCUCUUACCAUCUUCCACUAGCCGUGGUAAGACUCAGUUACGGGCUAAUCAACGACUCGCUCGAUCGGAGGCUUGAGAGUUGUGGUGGUAGAAGCGUCAAUCUGAUCAGCAUGGAGGACGCUGUGAAAGGUAUUAUGGCAGCAGUAGAACGAGCUGAGAAAGCUGAAGUUUGGAAUAUUGGCGGUCCACAUGACUUCGUGGCAGAGGAACUGAAGCAGUUCGUCAAUGGACGGAACGUAACUCUCUCUUCUGUGCCCACAAAACUAAAUACCGAAAAAGCGUCAAGAGAGCUUGGGUUUCGCGCCCAGGGCGAUAUAAUUAAAGCAUUAACAACUCUGCGCAACUCAUCGCCGCAACCCAUUCAAUCAUCUGGAUCAGCUACGAAAAUUCUAUUGUUUGGCUCAAAAGGAUGGAUUGGACGGCAGUUCACUCAAAUGCUCAAGGAGAAGAAUAUCGUCUAUGUAGAAGCCGCCACAAAGCCCGGACUCGAUGAAGACGACAUGGUCCGAGAGGAAAUCGUUCGAGUUGCACCCAGUAAUGUUAUUUCAAUGCUUGGACGGACGCAAGGCGAAGGCAACAAUACAAUCACAUUCUUGGAAGGUGGACCAGACAAAUUGAAGCUGAAUGUGCGUGAUAAUCUUUACGCACCGUGGAUAUUGGCUAGCCUUUGCGAGAAGAUGAACAUACACUUCACCUACCUGGGAACGGGUUGUCUAUUCAAGUAUGAUACUCAGCACAAAAUGGACGGAGGUCCUGGCUACACGGAAGAAGAUACUAGCAAUUACGACGGCACAUCCUAUUCUGUGGUGAAGGGAUAUACAGAUCGGCUGUUGCGACAUUUUGACAACACUUUACAAUGUCGCAUUCGAUUACCAGUAAACUACGAACUCGACAGUCGUAAUCUUGUUGCGAAGCUGAUGUCAUUCAAGAAAGUUCUCGAUGUACCGAACUCUAUAACUAUUCUUCCUGAUACUCUGCCAAUUUUAUUGGAUAUGGCUCUCAAAAAGGAAACUGGAGUCAUCAAUCUCGUGAACCCAGGAGUGAUCCGCUUCCCAGAAAUCUCCGAAAUGUAUCGUAAACUAAUCAAUCCAGGCUGGGAAUAUGAAGUAAUACCAGCUGAUGUAAGUUUUUCUUCUCAAUAA